GAUUUCUCAUCAGCUACAACUUGCAUUCUAAGAGUUAUACAACACAACUUCCAAAUUGUUUUCUUUUUUUUUUUAUCUAAGAAAAUCUUUUCCCUAAAGAGAAUGGUGAACACAAAGAAGCUACUCAAGAUGGCCAAGAAAUGGCAACAGAGAGCAGCCCUCCACAGGAAAAGAAUCUCAUUUCAGAGAUCAAGUAUCACUACUAGCUCACCUGCUACAGAGAAGGGUUGUUUUGUGGUUUACACAGUGGAUAAAACACGCUUUUCUUUUCCAAUAAGUUUCCUAAGCAACUCAGUUUUCCAAGAGCUCUUGAAGAUAUCUGAGGAAGAGUUCGGCCUCCAAGCUGGUGGACCAAUUACAUUACCAUUUGAUUCGGUUUUCUUGGAGUAUCUCAUUAAACUGAUCGAAAGACAAAUGGAUGGAGAUACAGAGAAGGCUUUGUUAAUAUCAGUCUCCAGUGCUAGAUGCUCUUUACAUUGUUCUUUGCAACAACAAGAACAACAGAGUAGUACUAAUCAACAGUUGCUUGUAUUCUAGAGUUUAGACAUUUCUAUGUGUUUGUAGAGUGUAUAGUGGAUUAAAUAGACAGAUAACUUCAGAAAUACAAACUAUUAUUUAGUUUCUCUUA